AUUCGGCGGCGGCCAUUGUUCUACACUGUGAACUUGCUGCUGCCCAGUAUCUUCCUGAUGGUGAUGGACAUCGUUGGUUUCUAUCUGCCACCAGACAGCGGAGAGAGGGUUUCCUUCAAGAUCACCUUGCUGCUCGGCUACUCUGUCUUCCUCAUCAUUGUAUCCGACACUCUGCCUGCCACCGCCAUAGGAACCCCGCUAAUAGGUGUGUACUUCGUGGUGUGCAUGGCUCUCCUGGUCAUCAGCCUGACGGAGACGGUGCUGAUUGUGCGUCUGGUCCACAAGCAGGACCUGCAGCCGCCCGUUCCCCACUGGGUGAAAUACCUGGUGUUGGAAAGAGCUGCAGUCCUCUUCUGCAUCCACAGGAAGCACCGACUCUGCUCCAGACUGUCCUCCCAGGCGUCCGACCUGGAGCACUACAAGGAUAACAACUACGGGACGGCCCAGUGCACCCACCACCACCACCACACCUGCGAGAUCGCCCGUAGACUCAGCCAUCACGACAGAGAAAGCGGGUUGCUCGGACUCGGCCUCCCCCCCUCCAGAGACCCCACCCCACCCGUCAUGGAUAACAUCCUGCAGGAAGUGACAGCCAUCCGCCACUUCCUGGAGAAGAGGGACAGGUGUCGGGAAGUGGCGAAGGAGUGGCUGCAGGUGGGCUACGUGCUGGACGUGCUGCUGUUCAGAGUCUACCUGGUGGCUGUGGUGGCGUACAGCAUCACGCUGGGAACGCUGUGGUCGGUGUGGCAGGUGGCCUGA